AACCUGAACCUGCUGAAACUGACUGUUGGGCCCAAGGUUCAAUGCCUAAAACUAUUGUAUCUGUUCAACCAGAACCACUAAAGAAAAUAUCAGAAGUUCCAGAAGAUGAACCCACUGCAGAGAGCGGUGUGAAACAGGUGCAAGAUGAACCAAAAACACCUACAGAAUUGCCAGAUAUGGUUUCUGACACAGAAGAAACAGGAUCGAAGUCUACAAAAACUGUUAAACUGGAUGUGGCUGACAAAGACAGCGAAGAUUCUGGCGGUAAACUUCUGGAAGUAAAGUACAAUGCUCAGAACAGAAAAAUUAGUAUGAGAAAGAAGUCCAGAGGUGACCCUGAAGCAAAGAAAUAUAUUGGGGAAAAGGAAGAAUCAGUGGGCACAGUGGAAUCUCUUCAGAAGAAGCCGGUAACUUGCAGCAGUUAUAUUAAGACCAUGUUAGUACGCCCUGUAGGGGGAAAAGAUGCAUUGUGUGAUGAAUUUGGCAAUGUGUUAGCUGUAUCAAAGCUGGACCCAGAGAAGCUACCAACCCAUAAAGUGAAUGUCAAGUUUACAAUAACUGAAACUACCAGGGACAGUGAAGUGAAAAUAGAAACGAAGAAGAAAAAUCAGGCAAAUACUAAACAUAAAUCUAAAAUGUCGCUACUUCAAACAGAUUCUCCUAAUAGAGGAACUCUGAGCAGAAUCUCUCAGUUGACAGCUGAUAAGACUCCCACAAAAACAGCGAUGACACCGAAAGCGUCCACUAUAGCUGGAACUGAAGAAGAUUUAUCCCAGAGACGAUCACUGAUUGAAGAAAUCGAAGUGUCUCAAGGAAUUAUUGUCAGAGAAAACGGAAGAAUCAAAAAAGGGCCUGGGCGGUACUAUAGAAAGCUGGAUAUCCUUGAGGAGGGUAUAAAGGGUAUGAAACCAAUCAGCUUAAGAAUCACCAACCCAGACAUCACGGUUGCCGAUUUGCUGGACAGAACAUCACCCAUUCUUCAUUCCAUAAGAGAUACACCUCCUCUGCCUCCCAUAGUACCGCACACCCCACAACCAGCUAAACAGAUGUCCUGA